AUGUCUGUGACUGCCUGCCAGGGCUUAGGAUUUGUGGUUUCACUGAUCGGGCUUGCAGGCAUCAUUGCAGCAACCUGCAUGGACCAAUGGAGCACCCAGGACUUAUACAACAACCCAGUGACUGCUGUGUUCAACUACCAAGGGCUGUGGCGCUCCUGUGUCCGAGAGAGCUCUGGCUUCACUGAGUGCCGGGGCUACUUCACCCUGCUGGGGCUGCCAGCCAUGCUGCAGGCAGUGCGAGCCCUAAUGAUCGUGGGGAUUGUGCUGGGGGCCAUCAGCACCCUAGUGUCCAUCUUUGCUCUGAAAUGCAUUCGCAUUGGCAGCAUGGAGGACUCUGCCAAGGCCAAAAUGACACUGACCUCUGGGAUCAUGUUCAUUAUCUCAGGUAUUUGUGCAAUUAUUGGAGUGUCUGUGUUUGCCAACAUGCUGGUUACUAAUUUCUGGAUGUCCACAGCUAACAUGUACGGCAGCAUGGGUGGGAUGGUGCAGACUGUUCAGACCAGGUACACCUUUGGUUCAGCUCUGUUCGUGGGCUGGAUUGCCGGAGGCCUCACACUAAUUGGGGGUGUGUUGAUGUGCAUUGCCUGCCGAGGUCUGGUACCUGAUCAAACCAACUACAAAGCCGUGUCUUAUCAUGCCUCAGGCCACAGUGUUAACUACAGGCCUGGAGGCUUCAAAUCCAGCACUGGUUUUGGAUCUACCACCAAGACCAAGAAGAUAUAUGAUGGGGGUGUCCACACAGAAGAUGAAGCACAAUCUCACCCUUCCAAGUAUGACUAUGUGUAAUGCUUCAAGACCCCUAGGCAUAGGCAGAAGAAACUCUUCCUCAAAGAGAAC